AUGUUUACAGAAGCAAGACAGCUGUGAUUCAAAACUGAAAACAGAAGAAUGAAAAUAAGAGAUAAAAUACAAGUACAGAAGUACUACUUAAAUGUCUUAAAUGGAAUUUUCUUGGCUCUGGGUCUUAUGCUUUUGACAUUCGGUCUGUGGCUUUUAUUUGACAGAAAUAAUUUAUUCAGUGUGCUAUUUUCUUCAGGCAAGAAUGAGCUAGUGGCAUAUAUUUCUUGUAUAUUACUUGGAAUUGGAUCUGUUAUUACUUUUACAUCAGCCAUGGGAUUCCUUGGAAGUGUUAUGGAAAUUAGAUGUCUACUAGUCACAUAUAUCGGUUUUCAAAUCCUGGUGUUUGUUACCCAGAUGGUAACAUUGGUGCUGAUAUUCGUGAAGAAAGAUGAGGUCCACAAUCAAUGGAACAACAGAAUUGAUGAAGUUAUUUCUGAAUAUGGGAAUGAGAGUCUGGCUGAGCAGGAACCCGUGUGGAACAUUCUGAAUUCUGUGCAGCACAAUAUGGAAUGCUGUGGAAGAUACAAUGUCACACAGUGGGAAAGGAAUAAAAACAAGGAAAAUAGUACUUGGAUCCCAUGUUCAUGCACAAAAUCUGGUCUGAAGAAAUGGUUUUGUGAUGUCUCAAGGGAUUCAACAUACAAUAUGGGAUGUGAAGAAUAUUUAAAUACUUGGUUUGAAAACAAUGUUUUGAUCUUAACUGCAAUUACUGUCAGCCUGCUAAUUACACGGAUAUUUUUGAUCACACUAACUGGUCAGCUAUUUAGAAACAUCAGAAAGAAUAAUAUUUGGCCAAAUGAGUCAUGA